AUGCCGUGGCCUCCGCCACAAAAGAGGAAGCGAACGGAUGGAUGUGAUAGUGGCGAAGAUCCCGGCGAUGGAUCAUCCAGGGAUGCGGAGGAGAAUGAUGAAGAUGUGCUACCCUCGACGUCCAUAGUUCCGACAACAACGACCCACGCCGCCAACAAGAAUGUGCAGCAGCUGUUCCGUCAGCUUUCGCGGGCGUACAAAUUGACACCUGCGCAGAGCGAUAUGAUACUCUCAUGCUCUAAGAUGAGCAGCCAGGAACGUGAUGGUUAUAUCCUCGCGAUGGUUAUGAGCCUCCAAAAUAAGGUUGACGACAUAACCACAAAUCAGCCUCAGUUUGUUGUGGCAGCCGAUACUGAUAAAAACAUCGAAAAGUAUGCGCUUGCAGUUUUCACGUCGGCCAAAGUGCUUAGCUUCAAAGGUGCUAUCCCCGCAAAGCACCUUGAGGAUAUCGUCAAGCGGCAGCGGUUUGGGCUACCUCCAAACAUUGAGAAGAACGCUGCGGCGUGGGCGAAGGUUUACGACCGUAUCUUACAUCACUUCACUCAACUCCGAUCGAAGAUCAAGAAGCUUAUCGUGCACAGUCUCAUGCACAUGGCCUUGGUACAGGAAGAUGGCAAGAGUGUGGAGAAACUCGUAUUGCGACCAAAGGAUGACCGACAAACACUGUACGACGUCACGUCUGCCAUUGUUGGUGACAAUCUUGCCGUUACUGCCGCUUUUGCCAGUCGGGUUGCCGUCAUGCGUGCAAUCCUUCUGCAAGGUGGCGAUCGGAGGACUUACUGGGACCGUGUUGACGCGCGGUUGGAAUGGCUGCGGAAAAAUUCAGGCGAGGUGAAGCGACUGCAAAGGGCACUCAAGAGCAUCGUCAAGGAGGACCAACAACAACAUGGUAGUGCACCUGAUGAGGAGAUCAACGAAGUUCCCGAUGAUUUCCAGUGCGGGGUUGACGAGCAGCUUCCGGGUGAUAUGGCGUAG